CUUGGUGGUUUCAGAGGCUGAGCAUCUGGAUGUUUUAAACAUACAAAGGAAUUGCUGGAGCAAGCAAAAGCAGAGAGCCCUGCAGAAAGUUAAGAUGUGCUGCUGAUAAGCAACUGAUGGGACUUUACAACAAUUCAAGUCACUGGCAAAACAGGAACGCUCUUCCCAAGAUAAAGGAGGACACAGGAAACAAAUAGGAAUUUAAAGAGAAUGGAAGUGCACAUUUCCUUCAAGUGUGUUGGUUGCAUUUUCAAAGUCCUUUUGCUCCAGCUCUCUAUCUUUCACCCAACUUCAGCUCCUCCACCACCAACAUUUAGGCUUUCAGAAGAUGCGGCAGGCCGAGAACUGAUACCAUCACCCAUUAUUAAGUUUCCAGGUGACAUUUCUCCCAAAACAGACAAAGAAUUGGCAUUGCAAUACCUCAACAAGUACUAUGGGUGCCCCAAAGACAAUUGCAAUCUCUUUGUGCUGAAAGAUACUUUGAAGAAAAUGCAGAAAUUCUUUGGGCUUCCUGAGACUGGAGAACUGGAUCAAAACACCAUAGAAACGAUGAAGAAGCCUCGUUGUGGCAAUCCAGAUGUGGCCAACUACAAUUUCUUCCCUAGGAAACCAAAAUGGGAGAAAAAUCUUGUGACGUACAGGAUUUUAGGGUACACACCAGAUCUGGACUCGGAAACAGUGGAUGAUGCCUUUGCCCGAGCCUUCAAAGUCUGGAGUGAUGUCACACCGCUGAGUUUCUCCCGAAUUCAUGAUGGGGAAGCCGAUAUCAUGAUCAAUUUUGGACGGUGGGAACAUGGUGAUGGUUACCCUUUCGAUGGCAAAGAUGGACUCCUAGCUCAUGCGUUUGCACCUGGCCCAGGUGUUGGAGGAGACUCACAUUUUGAUGAUGAUGAACUCUGGACUUUGGGCGAAGGACAAGUUGUUCGGGUGAAGUACGGCAACGCAGACGGAGAAUUCUGCAAAUUCCCAUUCUUGUUCAAUGAUAAAGAAUACAACAGCUGCACGGACGCAGGGCGCAGCGAUGGCUUCCUUUGGUGUUCGACAACGUACAACUUUGACACGGAUGGCAAAUAUGGAUUCUGCCCCCAUGAAUCACUUUUCACAAUGGCUGGGAAUUCUGAUGGGCAGCCCUGUAAAUUCCCCUUCAAAUUCCAAGGUAACACCUAUGACAGCUGUACAACCGAAGGAAGAACAGAUGGAUACAGGUGGUGUGGAACCACUGAAGACUAUGACCGAGACAAGAAAUUUGGAUUUUGCCCAGAGACAGCAAUGUCCACUGUUGGUGGGAACUCAGAAGGUGCACCCUGCGUUUUUCCUUUCAUCUUUCUGGGGAAUAAGUAUGAGACCUGCACCAGUUCAGGACGUCAAGAUGGAAAGAUGUGGUGUUCCACAACUAGCAACUAUGAUGAAGACCGCAAGUGGGGAUUUUGUCCAGACCAAGGCUACAGCCUUUUCUUGGUUGCUGCUCAUGAAUUUGGCCAUGCCAUGGGACUCGAACACUCUGAAGAUCCUGGAGCCCUCAUGGCUCCCAUCUAUACCUACACUAAGCACUUCCGGCUUUCCCAAGAUGACAUUCAAGGAAUCCAGGAGCUCUAUGGGGGUUCUACAGAUGUCGGUCCAGGUCCAAGUCCAACCCUUGGGCCAGUUACUCCUGAACUGUGUGGUCAAGACAUUGUAUUUGAUGCUGUCGCUCAACUCAGAGGGGAGAUCUUCUUCUUCAAAGACCGAUUCAUCUGGAGGACAGCAAACCAACGGAACAGGCCUAUGGGUCCUUUGCUUGUUGCUACAUUUUGGUCUGAAGUGCCGGAAAAAAUUGAUGCUGUCUAUGAAGCCCCUCAAGAAGAGAAGGCUGUCUUUUUUUCAGGAAACGAAUACUGGGUUUACUCAGCCAGCACUUUGGAAAGAGGUUAUCCAAAGAGGCUUACCAGUCUGGGUCUACCUCCUGAUGUGCAACAUGUCAAUGCAGCUUUUAACUGGAGCAAAAAUAAGAAGACCUACAUUUUUGCAGGGGACAAAUUUUGGAGAUACAAUGAAGUAAAGAAGAAAAUGGAUCCUGGCUUCCCUAAAUUAAUUGCAGAUGCUUGGAAUGGUGUUCCAGACAACUUAGAUGCUGUGUUGGAUGUGAGCGGAAGUGGUCACAGCUACUUCUUCAAGGACUGGUAUUAUCUCAAACUGGAAGAUCAGAGCCUAAAGAUAGUCAAAGUUGGCAACGUGAAAUCCGACUGGCUGGGUUGCUGAGCUGCGUGAUCUUUUAGUAACCAAAAGCCAACCCUCUCACCCCCUCAAAACCCCAUUUAUACUUUUUUUAUUUGUAAAAGUCCUAUGUCAUACUUGUAAUUAGAGAUAGAUCUGUACGCUAAUUCAAGGGCCAGUCUGGAACUGGAACCAUAUCACCAAGUACCACUACUUGACACAAUUCUUUUGUUAGAUCGUUUGACCAAGCACAUUUAUUUAGGAGGAUGUUCCAUCGAAAUCAUGAGUUCUGCUUCAGACUUGUCGCAUAUUGGCUUGGGAAUACUGGGUACACCAGGACUUUGCUUUCUCUUCCUCUUUCUUUCUUUCUUUCUUUCUUUCUUUCUUUCUUCUCUUUCUCUUCCCCCCCCCCCCCCCCUUCAAUUAAUUUAAGACAUUGGAACAAGAAACAUUCACUUAUCUAGCCUGUGUUGUGGCUAUAUAAGUUAUAUAUUUUCUACAUUGGUUGGUGCUCGAAAAAUAAACAGCAUCCUGCGAUUCCCUGCUUUACUGGGGCCCUUUCGCAUUGCCCAAUUCUAGCACAAAGGUUCCCCUUUUAACUGUCAUGGUCUUGAUAUAUAGAAUACCAGAUUUUAUUUUAUAGGGAAGGGCAUAUAGAAUCAUCUUCCAGAGAGUUCUAGGGGCUCCCAAAGUACAGACUCCAAGAUUUCAUAGGAUUCAGCCAUAGCAGUAAAAUCAGGAUCAUAAUGCUUUAAUAGUAUGGAAAUGCCUCCGGUUUUCCUGAAAUAAGUGUCUAUGGAGCAAAUAUGAGACUUGGCAUUUUGUAAGUGAGGUGUGAGGACAUAAAUCCAAUCUAUGCCAUUUUAAUCCGUGUUUUUUGGUUGUUGCAGAAAUUAGAAUUCUGUUCCACUCCUCAAAUGUUUGAAAGUGCAGAUUUGAGCUUCAAUAUUCCAAACCUCCAAUGCCCACAUAAUAUGUGCUUGCUAUCCUCAAAUUUAGGUGCCCUUGACUGGUGCUAUCUUAUUAUAUGUGUCCAUAUAUGUUUCUUUCAAAGAGGACCUUUAAAAACUGUGAUUUAAUUUAAAAUUAUCUUUAGAAUCUGGCCUUUGUGCAUACAUGCACCAAGGUCUUGCACACAUUUAGCAUAGCUUAAAUAUACACAGACGUAAGUAUACUAUACCUUCCAACAUUUCACAGACAAAAACCAAGAUACAUGUGGCCAAGCACCAUCAAAGUAUGGUAAACGUAGCAAAAUUAAUUAAGGAGGAGGAAGAGACAAGCCAGAAGAGACUGCAGCAUCUUACUUUUUGCCUGAAAAGGCAAGAUCCCCCCUACUUUGCUGCCUGCUGAGUUAAUUCAAUGCAAACUACUUUUGCACUCACCACUCAGUUUGAAGCAGUUGAAGUAAGAGGAGAAAGUAGGGCUGGACAGAGAAACUGGGACAUUUUAAAAGUGGCUUAAAAAGUGGGACAACUGAGGAUUUAUUGUGGCCCUCUUUGCCAAAACAGGACAGUUGGGGCGUACAGUAUCCUGGAUCCAAUAGCUGCCCAACUAUUUAUGUUAUGGGCACCAAGAUUUUGAGCACACCUCUUAUGCAACACAUAAUGUGGUUCACCCCAGCCAUCAAAUCAAAAGUGACUGAGAGAAUCUGCAGAAGGAUUUGCUUGCCCUUUUUGUGUGAGAAACCAUGCUUAUGCCAUCUCUGAUAAAAUGCAAAUGCUUUUACCCUAAAUUAAUAUAUGACACUGAAGUUAGAAUUGUCCAAUCCAUUGUAUUCCCCAUCACCAUGAAUGGAUGUGAGAGCUGGACAGUGAAGAAAGUGGAUAAGAAGAAUAUCAAUUCAUUUGAGAUGUGGUGUUGGAGAAGAA